CAUUUUCCAACACUGCGUCACACAUGUGAGCAAAAAAAUAACAAAAUCCAAAAAUGUUUCAACCUUCGCGGCAGCAAAUUCUGCGUUUGUACAAACAUUUAAUUCGUUACGGCAAUCAUUUAAAGCUGACCGACAAGAACUACUUUCUGGGCAGAGUACGGCAUGAGUUCCGGGACAACCGAUCCCUAACAAAUCCGGCAGAAGUAGAGUUUAGUUUUAAGCGCGGAGAGACCCUGCUGAAGAAGGGUCGCAUUUUGUAAGGAUGCUGAGAGGUCUGGUGCGAUAUCUGGCCCUUCCUCCGCCUGCUGUGCGCUGCAAAUCCACAGCUAAUCUU